AUGUUCGCCGUCCCAGGCUGGUCCGUAUCCGCGACGGCCCUCAAAUCCGAAACAGGAUCACCAGCAACUGGCGCAUCAGGCACAAAGUCCAGAAAACGCAAGAGAGCCACCGGCGCCAACGCGGAAUCGCAAAGCGUCACCGCCGCAAAUGUAGCAGAUCUAUACGAGACGGUCGUAGAAGGAAAGCCGAAGAGCACAUCCAGCGAUAUAGGCAAGAAGGACAACUCCGCGAAGCGGGCAAAGAAGGAAAACACGGCCAGCAAGCCCGUCCAGGAUGGGAAACCAAAGCUCGAUAAGAGCAGCAAGAAGGACAAGAGCAAGAACAAGAACAAGGACCACGGCAAACCUACCAACGAGCCUCAACCAUCCAACUCUUCACCCAAGGCAGCCAAAGCAAACACCACGACUUCCGCAUCCCUCGCGCAAACAUCCCUCCCGCCUGCACCGUCAAAACUCACCCCCCUCCAAGCAUCCAUGCGGGAAAAGCUCAUAUCCGCACGCUUCCGACACCUCAACGAGACGCUGUACACGCGCCCCUCCGAAGAAUCCUUCAUGCUCUUCCAGGACUCCCCCGAGAUGUUCACCGAGUACCACGAGGGCUUCCGGCGGCAAGUCAAAGUGUGGCCCGAAAACCCCGUCGACAGCUUCCUCAGCGACAUUCGCAGCCGUGCGCGCGCGAAACCACCACCCAAAGGCCGCCCGGGACCUCCCCCCUCUCAAAGACACAAACUCGCCCUCCCUCGCACCACGGGCACCUGCACCAUCGCCGACUUAGGCUGCGGAGACGCCCGGCUCGCAGAGUCCCUGCAGCAAGACAAGGCGAAGCUACGCCUCGACAUCAAGAGCUACGACCUCCAAUCUCCCAGCGCGCUCGUCACAAAAGCAGACAUCGCGAACCUCCCUCUUGAAGAUGGCUCCGUCAACGUAGCCAUUUUCUGCCUCGCCCUCAUGGGCACCAACUGGAUCGACUUCGUGGAAGAGGCAUACCGCAUCCUCCACUGGAAAGGCGAGCUCUGGAUCGCAGAAAUCAAGUCCCGCUUCGGACCGAUCCGGAAGAACAACAUUGUCGAACACUCCGUCGGGAACCGCAAGAAGAACGUCGCGCUAGGGAAGAAGGCCAAGGCGGCCAGGGACGCAGAGGCAGAUGCCGUCCACGGACAGGAUCUAGCCGUUGAGGUGGAUGGGCUGGAGGACAGACGCCGCGAGACGGAUGUCACGGCGUUUAUUGAGGCGUUGAAGAAGAGGGGUUUCGUGCUGCAGGGUGAGAGGGCCGAUGCGGUGGACCUGGGGAAUAGGAUGUUUGUCAAGAUGCAUUUCAUUAAGGGGGCGUCGCCUACAAAGGGGAAGGGGGUUAAAGCGGACGAUGCGGCCAAGAUGGCGGCGGGGAAGAGGAAGAAGGGCUUUGCGCCAAAGUGGGAUGAGGAUGAGGGUGCUGAAAAGGAAGAGGAUGAGGCGUCUAUCUUGAAGCCUUGCGUAUAUAAGAUUCGAUAA